UUUCGUCCCAUCUCACCGGAGAUGGCCGGGGCAGCUUUCUUCCACAGGUGCCGCAGCUGUGAGGCUGUGGAGAGAGAGAGGACGUUGGCGAUGAUCAAGCCGGAUGGUUUGUCUGGUAACUACACGGAAAAAAUCAAGGAGGCCAUCUUGGAGUCUGGAUUUGAUAUCAUAGAAGAGGCAGUUGUCCAGCUGGAUGCAGAGAGGGCAUAACUCUUCUAUGCUGAGCAUGCCCAUAGAAGCUUCUUCAACAGCCUGGUGAAGUAUAUGACGAGCGGUCCAGUUCAUGUUAUGGUUCUGGAAAGCCCCGAUGCCAUUUCACGCUGGAGAAUUUUGAUAGGGCCAACUGAUGCAAGAAAGGCUAAAACUUCACACCCUGACAGCAUUAGAGCAAUGUGUGGCUUGGACUCUGAGAAAAAUUGUGUGCAUGGUUCAGAUUCACUGCAAUCUGCGGCCAGAGAGAUUUCAUUUUUCUUCGGAGAUGAUAAAUCUGAAGCCCUGGAACAUGAUGAGCUGUAGACAAUUGGCAUGCAUCCUCGAAAGGCAGAUAAUUCUGAAGUUUGAUACCCCUUCCAGCUAUUAGUUGAUGAAAACUUAUGUGCAUUACAUGAUACUGAUCUAACAUUACACUUCUGCACUUGAUAGCUUCAUCCCUUGGGUGCCAAAGGCUGUGAUGUUGAAAUCACCAUAGCGAAAUUUUGUCAAGCACUCCCAUUUAACUGAUUGCCGUGUCCCAGUUCAAAAUAUAAUCGUCUGUUGAUAAAAAUCCUAUGGGUUUUAGAUUUGCACUGUCUGGCUUGAUCAUGCCAAUCUUAUUUAUCAAAAACUGCCACUUGUUAGUUCAUGGAAUGCAGGUUCAGAUGCAGUAAUCCAUGUGGAAGUGAGACCAAAGCUGCCAUUUGCGGAAAAUAACAUGCUUGAGUAACAGCAUAAUGCUCUGCUGUAGAUUCAAGAGUAGUAUUUUACCAGCGGUUCAGUAAUCUGGUUACAAAGGGUGUGGCCGAAAGCCCCAUCCAGCUUGUGCAGGUGCAGGCUUGAUCUUGUGCAGUUUUUUUGUAAGGAAACAUGUAGGGAAAAUUAAGAUGCAAAAGAUGUGUAGGGAAAAUUACCAGUGAUGAGUUAGAAGUAGUACCCUGAUAGAACUUUUGGUCUUAUGGAUGAUCUUUGUUGUUCGUGUUUGCUUCAAA